ACAAAUCAAUAAUCAUUUUGACAAUUGAUGGAAAAAUCAACUGAAAACAAUCCAAUUGACGAAAAAGGAAAAAUAAUAAAUAGGAAUAAUGGAUUUUAUUGACGACUUUAUACAAGAAUAUAAGAAUAAUCCCUGCCUUUGGAAGGCGGAUUCAGCUAAUUAUAAAAAUCGGGUCAAGCGCCAGGAGGCCUACAUGAAAUUAAUAGAUGUAGCUGCAAAACAUGGCGAACACUACAAUGUUGAGAGAACCAAACAGAAAAUAAAUAAUUUGCGCUGUGCUUUCCGACACCAGCUGAAAAAGUACAACGAACUCAAGACUAAAGGAGAGAAAGAGGAGCCCUACUGCCCAAAACGAAAGUACUUUGAAUCGUUAAUGUUUCUAAAAGAUGAAGAAACCCGGGACAAGAGAAUCCUCAAUAACAGUAAAAUUGAUAACUCUAGCAGUGAAAUAUCAAUUACCAGUGUCACCCGUGGCAGCAAUGGUAAGAACGAAAGGCGUUUACUUAGCACUGAGACGGAAAGUGCCUCGUUGGAGAUAGUAGAUGGUGAUAAACAGUCCAUUAAUGGUGUAGAGGAUGCCAUGCAAGUACCCAAUAAUCUGUUUUCAGACAUUUGCAAAGAAAUUCACAAGGAAAAUAACGGCACGGAGCCAGAAGAUGAUAUAACUGGAGAGGAGACAACAACCACCGUCAAUAUUUCAGUCAUCUCGGAUAAAGGUAUACCCAUAAGCCAAGACAUUGAGGAAAUCGCUAUAACACCCAUACGGAAAGAUCAAGUAUUCAUUGUUGAUACAUCAACAGCUAAUAAUCCCACCACCAUUUCAACCGCCAGCACCACAAGCAGCAUAACACCACACAUAAAACAGCAGCCGUCAUCCAACAACAAAUCCCGCAAACGUUCAUCAUCCUUUUCAUCCCAACACUCCAAUGAAACUGACACCACAACACCCAUUAAAACUUCAAAAAGUGAUAUCACGUUAGAUAUCGAGAAUCUUUUAUCACUGGCCUGUAAGAAUUUCCAAAAGAACACAUCUGAUCACUAUACCAGCUUUGGAGAAAUUGUUGCUCACAAACUUCGUACAAUGGAUGCUAAACAAGCCAUUUAUGCAGAGAAAAUAAUCUCGGAUAUCUUGUAUCAAGGUCAAAUGAAGUAUUUAUCAACAUCAUCCAUAGAACGGUAUUCACAAUUCGAUCGGUCACCACAGGAGCAAAAGAAAGCGGAAUGAAUUAAUUAAAUAUAAAAGAAAGUAAACAAAUUAUCUCUUCAUUAAUAUCGUACGAACUCAAUAUAGAAGCAAAAAAUUAAGAGUAAAUUAAUGAUUGAACAGCAAUUUCUGCAAUCUGGCGAUAGUGAAAAGUAUAAACUCGUAAUAUAAUUUCUCUAUAAUUAAGAUUAAGUACAAUAUUUUUAAAAAAUUAUGAAAAACAAAACUUUUUUGCAAUAAUAUAUUUUGUUUAUUAUUUUAAUUCCUUGUAUACAAGGAUUAUGGAUUAAUUUUAUAAAUUGAAUAUACAUACAUAAA